CCAGCGGCGCCGAACGGAGGAAGCAAAACCCGCUUCCCCUCCGGCUCGUCUUGAUUCGAUUCUUCUCCAUCUCCGAUCAUGGCGUCCUCCUCCUCCGCCGCGUCGCAGUUCGACGAUCCGUCGGCGAGGCGCCCGCCGCCGCCGCAGAGGAAGCCGCCGUUGCUGAUGCUGCUGCCGCUCAUCUACGCCCCCGCUCUACCCCUCAUCAGGAUCGGGCUCAGGCACAACCCGGUGUGGAGGGACCGCCUCUUCUACGGCGUCCUCGCCGGCGCAUUCGCCCACGGCACCUACCUCAUAUCGGAACUGUAUGACUCUGAGAGCAAGUGAACUACGCCCCUCCAAAGAUCCUGCUAUGAGUUCUCCGGCAGUAAAUUUUGAUUUGAUUGCAAGUCUACAAUUGAUGAGGCUGACUAAUUUUUUGUAUUAGCAAAUUUGCUCACUAUCUGUUUUUCUUAAUCGCAUUUAAGGUCUGUGUUUGUUAUGAUUAUAGAACUUUGAGCACGCAAAAUAAUGAUUGCUUUGUGAGAAUCCA